AUGAGACUCAGUGAAAUUGAUGUGAAAGUCAUUCUUUCAGCAGGAGGAUUGAGGUAUUGGAUUUUAUUUUUGAACUUUGGGUUCCUUGGAGAUCGACAUCCUCAUUUUAACUGGGGAAGGUCAAGUGUAGCAGACGGUUCUGGUAAUCAAGAUCUCAACACCAGCAACAGCGCAUUUGGAGGUCAUAAAGAUGAGAUGAAACAUGAAAUAAAGACGCGCGAACCGCUAUAUGAACCACUUUUGAAUACGCCUUACAAGAGAUUACCUCAGGCAGACCCUAACGAUCCCGAAACUUUUCUUCUAGAAGAGUCUUUCACAGAUUUCCAAUUGGCAAAACAGAAGGCCAACACCCAAAAUGGCAAAUCUAUCGUCAAGACCGGCUUCACUCCGAUUUUUAGCACCCAAACUCAAACUCCUGACAGUAGACAUGGGACCGGCUGGGAAGUAUGGUAUGAAAUAUCUCAAAAAGCUAAAUCCUCCGCUUCCCCCGAAGUAAAAGAGAUGGCCGAAGCUAUCGCGGCAUACGGCACUCAAUUCGACAUUCAUGGAAUCCUUCCUCAAGAUCAAACAAAACAUAUAACGUCUACAAUCAAUCUUUUCUAUAUGUUCCUUCAGAGUGAUUCUCUGAAUACAGCAGAGAGGAUUUGGUCUGUUGGGGUACUAUCACACCUAAAAUCUCAAAUACCAGAGCUUAGAGAAUUUGCGAUUCCCCGCUCCUGGACGGCUAAAGAUUUGGGUAGGCUUCGGGGUCAAUAUCUUGAAUAUUUUCUGCAAGACAAAGACUUAGAAACAGUAGCUCAGAAGAUGUGGUCAGAAUCCCCUCCCAAACUAGAGACAACCAAUCCAGUCAUUCAGGAGGCAAUUCGAAGGGAAUCGAUAGUGCAUCUUAUCAAAGAACAGAUGGCCAAGGCCCCCCUUAAACCAUCACCAGAGUUUGGAGCACUUUAUUUGGCGUUUAUCAACUUGGAAACACCAAUGGAUUCUAAAAAAGCCUCAUCAUUGAUGAAAUUGCUUUUCGAUCAUCUGGAAAAAACAACAGGGCCAUGGAAUCUGUUUGAUGAAGAGGACAACACGACUAGAAUGAUAUUACAUCUCGAGGAAUAUAACGUCGAGAGCUAUCUACAGUUUAAAGAAUUGGCUAGAACAAAUCGUUUCCGCGAAAAGAUACUUGAGGGUGACACAAGUUUUCAACUCGCAGAAGAAGGACUAUCUCCAAGCUUCAGAUUUCUUUUGGAAGAUUUUCGAAAGACAAAGACUGCCAAUGAACAUCAAAUCCCAAAGAUCUUUGAUAUCUUGAAAGAUGAACAUAUGUCGGUUUCUCGACUAGGAAGGUUCUUUAGAGUACUCAACUUAGUAUUCAUGGGCAACGGGGGAAUGUAUAACGCCUUUAAACUCCAAUUGGAGAGGUACUCGAACCCUGAGGUGAUUUCAGAAGUGUCCCGGACGUUGAGCCUCCAAGCGGAAUCACUCAAGCACAACCCGGACACAGAUGGCAUACUGGUAGAUUAUAUCAUUCAUCUUUUAUCUUCCAGGUACGACGAUGGGAAAAUGUUUCGCAAGCUUCAUAAUCUUCAUGGCGCAAGAGGGUCUUUGGAAAGUGAAGAAGCUAGGCGACUAGUAAAGGCAUUUGUUCACGGUGGGACUUGGGACAAACAAGGACACUGGAUGAGCUCUGGACAGUUGAGAAAACCACUACAUCUACUAUGUGGUCGAGAAGAAGUGACAACAGAGGGAAAGGGUGAAGUGAGGAAAAGACUUUGGAAUCAUCGGAUGAGGAUGUAA